UGACUGUCCUCAACCUAAUCUACUCGUUGUAGUUCUGUGUGUUGUAUUCGUGCCGCGUUGUACCACAAGGCUGUAUCGUUAAGUAGAGGUAUAAAGAACGUCACAAGCGCUCUUAGCUGUUGUAAGGUAGGUAUAUUUGCACAAGUUUGACUGGUUCAUAGUUGUAAACGUCGUCAUACACCAUAAUAGUUUUGGCAUGGAAGACUGAGAAGGAAUCGAGCUGGCUCAAAGGAAGCUUUUUAUUCAUUGUUUAAUAAUCUAGAGGCUGUUAAAAUAAUUUUUUUCGAGUUCUGCGCAAGCUUGAAUCGCAAAAGCUUUCCUAGAAUCUAAUGCUCGCUUGCAUAUAUAGACGUAGACGCAAUAUCGCUUACAGUUGUGGGCUUUUUUUCAAACCUUAAAUGUUUCACACAAAGCUGUAUGGAGACUGAAAAGAAAUUGCUCUCGUUUGAGAAAGCUCGUAACUCGAUGUACAAAAACUUAGAAGUUGUUGAAAUCGUUUUUUGAGGACCGUGUCAGUUCGAGUCGCACUCUUGGGAUCUGGCCCCAGUUGUUCAAAGGAUGGAUAACUACUUAUCCGCUGGAUAAAUCGCUAUCCAGUGGAUAAAUGUUAACCAUGGCGUCAUAUCGGUUGUUCAAUGUAUGGAUAGCGCUAUCCACUCGCUAUCCAGUAGAUAAACUUAUCUAUGGUUAGGUAGGUAAUAUAAAUUCGUAUCCAUCGGAUAGUAAAAACAUUAAAUGGCCGAUGCGCGAGGUUGACGGUCAUUUCGUUCCAUGGUCAGGGCGUAAACCAGAACAGGUUUCUCUUUCAAGUGAUAAUGUUGCAUUUACAAUCACUUCACAUCGAGCGCUAACAAACACGCAGGUACGUAGUACUUUAUUGAAUAUCCUCUGUUCUAUAUUGUAGUCAAAAAUCGACAGACAUAAGCUCUCGGUAUUGCGUGCAUAGUUUAUUCACACGUUGAUAAGCAAUGCACACUGGAAUUAACAUACGACGCCGCCACUGUUACGGAAAUAAUACUUAAAAUACUUUCGUUCAUAUCAUGUUCUGCUCGCUACUCUGUACUCAGAGACCACAUUUAUAAAAUGUAUAUUAUUUAUGUGGAGCGACCUGAGUUUUGUUUUUUUGCAACGAACCGACUAUUUUGUGAAACGAUCUGACUAAGGACUCUGACCCUGGAACGGAAUGACUGGAUACCUCGCUCGACAGCUACAUCUUCUUUGGUGUAACUUGCCCGAAAACCAACGUCGUAUAAAGCGAAGAACUUUCGCUGCCAGCUGGAUCGCUUAGAGUCUGAGACCUAGAUUUCGUUUUGGACGAGAAGCAAUACAAUACAUCGUUAACCUUGCUGCGUACGAAAUAACAUCACAAACAGAUAGGAACAAUGCCGUCUCAGCCGUAAUGCAAGUCCUUGUCGGGUUCGUUUCUGCUGGAGAUCGAAGAUACUUUUCUAGGAUUUGACGAGUUGACUUUCAGCCGAGUAGUUUGUCGAGUGACACAUGCAAUGACUGCAAAGUUAGGCGAUUGCGUAAGAUUUCCGUCCACUCGUGCGGAACGAUACGACAUUAAAGAAGGUUUGUUUCAAGUUGGUAGUUUCCCUUGUGCCAUUGGGUUCAUCGAUGGUACCCACGUUAGAAUAACUGCCCCCACGAAAAUGAGCCAGACUUCGUGAACCGAAAAGGAUUUCACUCCAUCAAAAUGUCCAGGCAUCUGUGACCUUCGAGGUCAAAGAGGAGCAAAUAUGUCUAGCUCUGAUUAUUGAUUAAGCAACGGAGAACAUGUUCGUUUAACCCUAAGCUUUACUGUGCAUACUAUCUCAUGUAUAUAACAGGAGUUAUUUUACCCUGAAUGUGGGCAUGAAAGCCGUAGAAAUUUCGCAUCCAACGUGUAACGCUUUUCUGACACGUUAGGAGCAGUGAGCCUCAGACUGUCUUGAGCAUAACAUGUGAUCAAACAUGUGAUCACGAGAUUCACGCAAAUACAAUUUACCUUGUAAACAUCUGAGUGAUAUUGAUUGAAAAUUAUUUCCGUCUAGUGCCUUGAUCUAAACGCUGCAACAAGAGGUCCUUUUAUAAGAUCACUAAUUAGCGGCCUUUUUUCUGACGAGGUGUAAAUAGGCGUCAGGAAGCAGACCGCCAUCGUCACGAUUUAAAGGAGCGUGGGCGGAGUUAAUGUGCCAAGCCUCCAAACAAAGGCGCUGGUGGUGACUUUGAUUAGUGGUGAUAAUUUUAGAAUUAUCCCACCCAAUUGUAUGGUUAGUUAGGCAAGUAUGCUCCGAUAAAGCUGAAUUUUCCUUUUUGCAAAGAAAAACCUCUUUUUGGUGCUCUUUUAACCGUGUACCAAACUGGCGUUUGGUCUGUCCGAUGUAUUCGUUGUCACAGUCAUUGCAAGGAAUAGAAUAAAUGGCGUCGGUUCGUUGUUCUUCUUCGGUUACAUUCAUUAAAUCUGCAAACCAGUGUAGCAUCAAACUAUGUCUGAUUGUCCUUUAAACCCAUAUCUUAAAUGAACUAAAUUUUCAUUUUAGUUUUUGGCGGUGACAGAAACAAGAAUUAAUGACAAGAAUGUUGACUUUAAUCUAACCAUACCAAAUUACAAUUUUGAAUAUGUUCCUAUGCCUCUUUCUACUGAAGGUGUAGGAAUGUAUUUAGACAACAACAUACAAAACAAAGUCAUUGAAAAAGCCUCUAAUGAAGCUUUUCAGACACUUUGGCUUGAAAUUGAAUUCACUAAGAAAAGCAAUUUUAUUUGUGGUGUUGUCUAUGGACAACAUAAUUCUGCUGACCACUUCUUGGAAUAUUUUGAAGAAGCUGUUGAUUGAUAUAGUGCCACUGGUAGAUAAAUCUACCUCUUAGGUGACAUCAACAUAAAUAUUCUUAAGUCAAAGACAUGUAAUUACGCUCAGAAAUGUUUAAAUAACUCUGCCUCACUUAUUGAUAUUAUUUUCUUAAACAAACUCAAAUAUUAUACUGCUAGUGGGAAUAUUGUUUCAGAUCUCACUAAUCGUUUUUCUUAAUUUUGCAUCCUUAAAUUGACCAUUGAAACCACCAAACCUUGAAAAAUGGCAGCUCAUGACUAUUCAAAAUUCUCUCAGUGAAUGUUUUUGCCGGAAUUGUCAGAACUCACAUGGGAGUCUUUACCACCUGUUGAGGAUCCCUCCAAGUUAUUUUCCACCUUUUAUAACAAGCUGAAUAAGCUGGUAAACAAGCAUGCAUCAUUUUGAACUUUAUCAAAGCAUGAUAGUAAAUAGCUGGAACAACCGUGAAUCACUAAGGGAUUCGAAAAGCAAUAAAAAUAAAAAAUUAGCUUUUUCUCCAGUGAUUGGAGAAUAUUGUAUAGACAGCUGCUGAACGUUUUAAUGCGAGAGGAUACUCAUGUUGACAUCCAUACUUUAAUUGACAAAUUUAGGAAAUUAUAAUCUUUAUAGUUUCAUUUGUUGUUGUUUUUUUUUGUAAUUUUAUUCCAGUUGGAAUAUGUAACACCUAAUUGGCUUAUCUAUCUCAUGUAUAUGCAUGCAUGCCCACUGAGUCAUUUCCUCUGUUCAGUCAAACUUGUUAUUGAAGAACUCAUUUUAAGUUUGUUUCCCUCCCACCUUGAUUAGUUUUGCUAUUUUGUGGGUAGGGAUUGAUAGAUAUGUAUUUUAAUUGCUAAAAUAAAUAAAUAUUAUUGUUGUUGAUUCAUGGAAAUCUUAGAUAAUGACAAAUCUUUUUGUUUUAGGAAAGAAAGAAAGAAAGUUUCACAAGACAUAAUCAAAACCAUUGUAAUUUGAUUAAUAUUUAUUUAUAAACUGUCUUCUGCCUCACUUCAGAGGCGAAUAGUUGUUGUUGACAUUACCAAAGAUGAAUAACACAACUUUUGAGCGAAAACUGUUCAAUCACUUUAUUCACUUAUGGCAAUGUUUACAGCAGAUGCUGUCUCAGAUCAUAACUUUGCAGUUAAAAAGAAGCCCAGUGUAUGAAAGUUACAAACAACUAAAGAUUUGAUUACGCUGGUCUAAUAAAUAACUAAAUGAAUAAAUAAAAAGCUGCACUAAAAUAUAUAGUGAUCUAGAAGGAGUGAAAUGGUCACCCAAUGAGUAGCUCUCAGAUUGAGGAUCCAAAGGACACCAGUGUUUUCUCAAAAAUGUUGUGAGUUUUCAAUAUAUUUAUUUAGCAUAAUUGUUCCGGUGAAAAUGGAGAUGCACACACUCUAAUUGGUUGAGGAUUGCAUCGUAUCCCCCCAUAAUCAUUUCGCAGAAGGUGAUUAUUACAGGGGUGCUAAAUUUCAAAAUGGCCACCUUGCAAUGUUUCAAUGUUGCAGAUGAAGUCAUAAACACUAUAGAAGAAAAUUAAAUUCCGAAGGCAUAAAAAAUGCUCCUAAGUUUCCCAUGAAAUAAUAAUGUGAAGCUUUUGCUGAUUGGAAGAAGUAAGAUUGGCUGAUGAUCUCCAAACCAAUGGACAAAACAAUUGUAACAGAAUGCUGUCAACAAUAAAACAAAUUUACAACAGAAUCGCAUAAUUGAAUAAAAUCUCGCAUUCUGAUUGGUCAAAGAAGCAAAGUAUUAAGCAUGGAAUUGCGAGUUGAAAACAAGGCUAAGUGAUAGUUUUGCAUCUACAGAAAUAUAAAAACUAUCGUCAAAUUGUAACAAAGUUUUCUACAACGUCAUUGUAAAGUGUUUUCAAAACCAUUGUCAUCUUUUGGGCAAAAGCAUUUUUCAAAGUGAGCCAGAGGUUCUUUCCUGUUUUGAAAUGAACUACAAAUUCUUAGAAAGGCAUGAAAAACCUCUUCCGCUCGCAACAAUGAGAAAGCAAGGAAAUCCUGUGAACACGGCCCAGAAAAUGACAAGCAAAAGUUCAACUGAACAAGACGAAGAAGCGAAAACCAAAGAAGCCCCAAGGUCAAAUGUCAUGUAUAUAUAGCGGAAAUUCAAAUGUGUACGACUGACCUGGCUUCCUAUUCACUAACGCAAUGACAGUUCUGACAGUUGACUUUGAAAUGGCUUCCUGGGGCGCGUGCUCAGGAUAAAAACAAACAAUGUUAUUACUGUUUUCUUUUUUUCUUAAUUUUAUUCAAUUAUACAAUUCAAGGAAAAUUAAUUACCUGACUCGUGAAUUCUGCAUUAAAUUGCACAUGAAAACUAAUAACACACUCAUCACUUUGCGUUUCCUGUGAUAUCGGUUUUCGCGUGCAAUUUAACGCAAAUUCCCUCGUCAGGUAAUGAAUUUUCCUAUAGAAUUUGAAAGCACCUGAGCAAUUAUACUAAAACAAUUAUUUGCUGAUGGUGAAGUGAAUAAUGUUGAAUAAUACACUAGACAAAUAUAGAUAUAUACAGUACAGUUCAGAGGUACUUAGCCCAAAUUGCACGCGAAAAGCGUGUUUAAAAAAAAACGCGCACACGCGUGCAGCUUUUGAAAACAUUCUUCAUGUAUUUAUUCAUUCUUCAUGUAUUUAUUUAAAGAAAUAUAAGGUUUACAAAACUUCAUGUCCUGCAAAUAGCUACAAUGCUAAUCUAGGCAGGACAAGACUUUAACUAAAGGCGUUAUUAAAUUACACAAAAGAAAAAAGAAAAGAAGAAAUACAAAAACGUACAGAAAGAAACACCUUACAUAUAAAUUCAAGUACAAGGGAUUUUGUUAUUUGAAAAAGACUAAAAUUACAACUAGAGGAAUAUACAAUAUAUCAGGUUAACUUCACAAAAUAUUCUAUUAAAAAAUUAACACUCAAAUAAUUAUCUUCAUUACCUAGAACAUUAAGGAGUAGUGAUUUAAUUUUUUUACGACAAUUAGAAACGUUGAGAGUCUUAACAGAAAGUGGAAUAGAAUUCCAAAUAGACACACCGAUUCUAGUAUAAGAUUUUUUCAUUUUUUCAGUUCUAGAGAAUUUGACAGAGAAGCAUUCUUUUGCAGAUAAUCGCGUAUUAUAAUGAUGUUCUGUAUUGAUUUUCGCAAACUUAUCGAGAAGACUUUAGGAGCUGUCUUAGCAUGAACGUCAUACAUUAAAUAGCUUAACUGUUGAAAGAACAAAGACUGCAAAGGAAGGCAGUUUGAUUCAAUAAAAAAAGGGAUUGCAUGGUCUCUGGGUUUAGAAAAAUAAAUCAAACGCAGAGCACGUUUUUGCAGAACAAGUAUCUUAUUGAGGUAGGUCUGUGGACAGUUGCCCCAUGCACAGAUACCAUAAUUUAAAUAAGGAGAAAUAAGUGCAUGAUAUAAAUUCAAAAGAAGACGCCGUGGAAUAUAAUGCCUUAUUUUAGCAAUUAUUCCAACCGAUCUACUAAUUUUAUGACAGAUAAAGUCAAUAUGAUGCUUCCAUGAUAGUUCAGAAUCAAUCAGUAUACCCAAAUAUUUAACAAAGUCCUUCAUCUCUAGAGUUACUCUAGUAUUUAAAGUUGGAUUAAAAAUCUUAAUUUGAGGAAUGAAAGGCAUUCUUUUUUGGUGGGGACGAAAAAUGACAUAAUUAGACUUUUUGACGUUGAGCGUCAGUUUGUUAGCAUUAAGCCAUUCGCUUACUUUCUCAAGUUCAUUAUUGACAGUUAGUUCAAGAGUACGUAAGUUGUCGUUUGCAUAAGUUAGACUUGUAUCGUCUGCGAAAAGAUAAAAAGUAAAUUCUUUGGAAGAUUUAUGGAUGUCAUUAAUAUAUAACAAAAAUAACAAGGGUCCAAGUACAGAGCCUUGAGGUACUCCACAUACGAUCGUUUCAGUUUCAGAUAUGCAUUUGUCUAUUUCAAUAGACUGUCGGCGAUCUGAAAGACAUGAUCUAAACCAAGAAUUUAUAACUCCUCUUAUUCCAUAGUGUUCAAGUUUUGUCAAAAGAAUCUCAUGGUUAACAGUAUCAAAUGCUUUCUUAAGAUCUAUAAAAAUUCCACAUGAGUACUUUCUAUUGUCCAUAUUAGAAUGUAUGGUGUUCACAAUAUCAAGAAUCGCGUGCUGGGUACUAUGUUUAUUGCGAAAGCCAUAUUGUAAAUCAUAAAGAAUAUCAUUCUUGUCUAUAAACUUUAUCAGUCUACGAUAUAAAAUUUUCUCAAAUAAACGAUUAUAAAUUGAUAACAAAGAAAUUGGCCGAUAGUUUUCAGGUAACGUCUCGUCUUCACCCUUAUAAACUGGAAUUACUUUUGCAUAUUUAAGUUUUGCAGGGUAAACCCCAGUUAGUACAGAGUGGUUAAAAAUUUUGGUUAAUGGUAUGGAUAUGACUGAUUUGGCAAGUUUUAACAGUUUAACAGGGGUAGAAUAAAGCCCCAGGGCUUUAUUGUAUGGCAACAAGCUAAUUUCUGUUUCAAUUUCUUGCGGUAUAAUUGGAUCAAAAUAAAAACUGUUCUGCAAAGGCGGAUCAAGAUAAUCAGAAAAAGUAGUGUUAACUUCAGGAAUAUUGGUUGAAAGUUGAUGCCCUAUUGACGAGAAGUAUUUGUUGAGUGUGUUACCAAUCGUUUUAGGAUCAUCUGAUAAAACGCUAUGCUCGUUAGAACGAAUGAAGUUAAUUCUUUUUGAUUUUUUCCUUUUCUUCGCAUCUCCUAAUAUUUCGUUAAUACCUUUCCAUGUCGAUCGCGUAUUUUUUAUGUUAGAGUCAAAAAACCUUUGAUAGUGACGUUGUUUACUCAAUCGAAUAAGGGUUGUUAACUUAUUUCUAUAUAUUUUAUAUUUCGGCCAGUUUGAUUCAAAGAACAAUUUAUUCUUCACCUUUAUGGAUUUCCUUAGUCCAGCAGUUAGCCAAGGUUUAGUUAGCAUCUUUAGUUUUCUCACUGAAGCAUCCCUGAGCGGUGCAUGUUUAUUAACUACAUGAUUUAUAGUUUUAUAAAGGUGAGAGAACGACUUGUUUACGUCGCAAUUAUCAGAAACCUCUUCCCAAUUAAUUGCACUUAGGUCAUUCAUGAAUUCAUUAGCAUGAAAGCUGGAAUAAUCCCUAAAUUUAGUCUUUUUUGUAUGUGGUAAUUUUUGCUUGUUUACGUUGACAAUACAGACUUGCGAAAAAUGAUCGGUUGUGUCGGUGACGAUAUUGCCACUAGAAAUAUUAUUCGUCAGGUUAUUUGUGAAGAUAUUGUCAAUUAAAGUCGCUGAGGACCCAUACACUCGCGUUGGUUUAUCAAUUGUAGGAAGCAUAGAAAAACUUUGCAUACACUGAAGCAGUAUCUGGCUGUAUUUACAGUUUUCAUAUUUUAGCAAGUCUAUAUUGAAAUCUCCCAUGAGAUAUAUAUUAUUAUUGUGAUUACUGAAAUACUCGAGGAAAUCCGAAAGAUGGUCAAGAAAUUGAUCUGCAUUAUUAUGUUGUCGGUAAACAAUGCCGCAGAUAUUUUUCUUGUGAUUUGGUAGUGAAAUUUCAAUCCACAAGGCUUGAUAAGAGGAAUUAGUAGAGCGUUCUAAGACUCGAUAUUUAUAGUUUUCAUUAAUAAAAAGACCAACACCACCGGCAGACAACGGGGUUUUAACAAAUUCAAAGCAAUAGCCAGGUAGUUGUGGUAUAAAAUCAAUAGAUUCGCCUACGCACAGUCGCGUUUCUGUAACACCUAAUACCGUGAAAUUAUGUUUUACCUCACUGAGUACGUGACACUGAAAAUGUUCAAUAUUUUUUCUUAAGCUUCUUAUAUUAGUGUGAAGAAUAGAGAAAUCGGAUACGACAUCUCUAUUUCUGGUAUUUUUAAACUUCACGGAGAAGCUAUGAGGCGAAUAGUACUUCGAACGAAUUUUACUCGUUGUCAUUAAGUUAGCAUCAGGAUCAAUCGUUUUGUCUACGGAAUCGUUCUGAAAAGACCAAGAUCAUAUAAGCUAUUAAAUGAAUAGAUCGAUUUCCUGGAGGCUAGAUUAGUUUCCAGUAAAGCGUUAUACUGCGGGUGGGCAUUUUUCAGAUCUUUACAGUUAUAAUUUGGCAAUUCCAUCAACAGAAAUUUGUUUUCUUUAGCGAGAUUUUUCAUCUCUUUGUGCGAAGCCAUUUCCAAUAACUGUAUCACAUCAUUAAGAUUAUGAACGAAUAACAAUUAACACACUUAUCUCCUUAAUCCUGAGUUGGAUUACUGACCAAGCUUUGUUUCAGAUUGUCAAGAUCGGCCAUGCGUUUUAAUUUGAAGACCUGAGAACUACUAGAUUUACGAGCCAGAAUCUCAGAGUUCUUCACCCAGACGUACUGGGAUUGAUGUGUUGAUUUCAAUUUGUUUGUCUCGCUAAGAAGUUGCUGUAAUCUCGGGAUCAGGUGUUCAUGAAUUCGGAUAUUUCUCGUGUAAAAAUCAGCAGAUAAAUCCAGAUCAUCAGGGUUUAAGUUGGAAGUUUCAUUACGAUGAGCUAUGACUUCUUCUUUGGCCAGUCGUCUUAUAAACUUGCACACAAUAGGUCUUGGGUAAUGGCGGUCAGCCCUUCGGCUAUUCACUCUAUGAGCGAUAUCAAUGUCGUUUUUCGUCACUCCCUCGGCUCCGAUAGCAUGGAAAAGCUUUAAACAUAACUGCGUGGUGGUUUCAGAAGACUCGUGUUCAUCCUGUUCAGGAAAGCCAAUAAUUUUGACGUUAAACUGAAAGCUGUACUUCAGUAAGUCAUCAAUGGCGGCGUCCAAACUGUCAACUCUCGUAGAAAUCGCUUCAAGCUUACGGCUUAGAUUGUCAAUUUCUUUCGACAUUUCCUCUCGAAAGUUUUUCGUUAUAUGAUGGUCCUCACAUAAGAAAUCAACACUCUUUUGGACACUGUUUCCAUAUCUUGUUGCAGCGUCUCCAACCUGCUCGAUGUCCGCUUGAAGUCGUUGUUGCUCGAUGAUCGAUUUCAGCUUCUGGAGUUCGCUAUUUACAGCUGAAAUCUCUCCCUUUAGUUUAAGGUUUUCCUUCUGUAGAUUUUUAACUUGACUCAUAUUAGUUUACGACAUAAAGCAUUGGUACUUAUCUACAAUCAUCGGCAGAAAUAUUGGACAAGAUUUCCUUUAUUCUCGUGGCCUUAAUGUUUGAUUCAGGGGUGAUAUUGUCACACACUCACACACUCAAAAUACAUGGGCAAAAGAAGCUCAUUAGUAUGUAUAAUGCAGUUUGUUUUUUUUUUACCCUUUGUUUAACUUUGAGUGGUGUAUUAGAUUUAUAACAAAGGAGGGAUUUCGAUGUUGGUGACAUUACGUGGUUUCAUCCCGAAGCGUUUGGCGUCAGUUCAUUUAUGAAAUGGCUUUAGACAUUGGGAAGAAAAAGGAAAAAGUUUCUGACCUGCAGGGUACCUCUUCAGAAAGCAAACAAGAUCAGAAAAGAUUAAGUUCAAUUAAGUCGUUGUCGCAAAAGUUUAUUAGCAACAAAACUUGAAAACUUACCAAAUUAUGUGAAAUUAUUUGCAGUUUCCCGGAACAGGGGACAUUUCAAAUGCUUUAGAAGGUUUAUUUAGGUUCAAAAAAAAGAAAAUCAGAUUCCAUAUAGUCUUUUGCGGUUCGCGUUAAGUCACCUUAACGUUAAGCUUGCAUCAUUGUCUACAAGUAGGUAAGAUCGCCGCUACUGUUCGAACGAUUUGAUGCGUUCAAUUUACAUGAAUCUUAAGUGUGACAUACUCACGUUCAAGAGAAGACGGCAGAUGGCGACAAAUGGCGUCCUGGCCUGGGUUGUUCAAAGCUAAGUUUAGAUAGCCCAGGGUUAGUCUGAAAGCUUGAGAAGAAAAUGCAGUUCAAAUCUUUUUGCUUGCAAUUUGAUCUCUGGAUGUUCUAACCAGAAUAGUAAAAAUUGUCUCUAAAUGGUUUUUGAACAAAGGAAUAAAGAAACCUGGAGUAAAGUUUACCCCUGAGUUAGUGCUAAUCGGCCUUCGAACAACUGGGCCCUGAACGAGACGCGGACGACGAGUGAUGCUCGAUUGGGCAUGCGUGUUAGCAUCGAAUUUUGUUUUCCCAACUUCCGGUCAGUGACGUUCACGUUCGUCAUUGCUAAAAGUCCCCAAAGUAAAAGUGCGACGAAGCGAAACCAUGUUUCUAUUUUCUGAAAUGUUCAACGAGUCAUUACCAACAAUGUGGAAGAUAAGGGCCUUUCCUCACUAGCGGAAAAAACUAGAAUUGCCCCGAAAAAGUCAAAGGACAAAUUUUGUUAUAACAAAUUUAUGUUUCAUCUGUUGCAUCCGUAUGAACAAUUUCAAAGCCUUCAAAUUCCGUCAGCGCCUGAUCUGUUCAUAACACCGGCCAGCAUAGUUGUGAAAGGAUUCCACCUCCAAUUUCCAGGAUUUAUCCCAAGUCAUUUUAGGAUUUUAGAAUCCCCGAGUUUUGUAGCAAAUGAUAAUUAUAGCCUUUCCAGAAAACUGAGUUUAAUCCAAUUACACGCUUGUCUUAGCUCAUACGACAAAUGAUUGACAAGUUUAUCACGGUUGUGUUCCUUCAGUCAAUUUGCCAAAUUUAAACUGGGGCAAAUUUUGUCGGCGGUGCGUCUGAAGAUUUAUCCGCUUCGGCCAAAAUAUGUCAAAUCGGGACAAGCCAUCUGCACUUGUAAAAUGUUGGUGAUGACAGACAAUUUGUUUAAAUAAACAACUUUGUCGCUAGUGCAGAAAGGUCCUAACUCCACUCACUGUCUACACGGCGCCGUAUUUGAUUCUUAUCAAUCAAUAACGACCGUCUGAUGAAAUUGUCAUGACGAUUAUCAUCACGAAACGAUAAGCGUGAAUAAAAGUACGAUCGAAGCAAAACCGCACUUAUGAAAGAAGUAUUUCCUAAAUGUCGCGCGGAACAUUUGUAUUAAGUGUCAACACGGCAAGCAACUGGUAUUUACGUAAACAGGACAGCGUACGUGAGAAUUUGUAUGGAGUCAUGAUUUUAAAGUGUAAUGUAGAACUGCUUCUUGGAGUUUCAACCUUACUUUUCAUAAGCUUCAAAUCGCUGACUUUUGAAACCGUGCUCACGACUGUUAGACUAAAAUUUCGAGAUUAGGACCGCGAUGUGCGCCGUUUUCCUCAUUCCCCAUUCCCCAUUCCUCAUUCCCCAUUCCUCAUUCCCCAUUCCUCAUUCCCCAUUCCUCAUUCCCCAUUCCUCAUUCCCCAUUCCUCAUUCCCCAUUCCUCAUUCCCCAUUCCUCAUUCUUCAUUCCUCAUUCCCCAUUCCUCAUUCUUCAUUCCUCAUUCCCCGUUCCUCAUUCCCCAUUCCUCAUUCCCCGUUCCUCAUUCCCCGUUCCUCAUUCCCCGUUCCUCAUUCCCCGUUCCUCAUUCCUCAUUCCUCAUUCCUCAUUCCCCGUUCCUCAUUCCUCAUUCCCCAUUCCUCAUUCUUCAUUCCUCAUUCCCCAUUCCUCAUUCUUCAUUCCUCAUUCUUCAUUCCUCAUUCUUCAUUCCUCAUUCUUCAUUCCUCAUUCCCCAUUCUUCAUCCCCCGUUCCCCGUUCCCCGUUCCCCGUUCCCCGUUCCCCGUUCCCCGUUCCCCGUUCCCCGUUCCCCGUUCCCCGUUCCCCGUUCCCCGUUCCCCGUUCCCCGUUCCCCGUUCCCCGUUCCCCGUUCCCCGUUCCCCCUUCCCCGUUCCCCGUUCCCCCCCGUUCCCCGUUCCCCGUUCCCCGUUCCCCGUUCCCCGUUCCCCGUUCCCCGUUCCCCGUUCCCCGUUCCCCGUUCCCCGUUCCCCGUUCCCCGUUCCCCGUUCCCCGUUCCCCGUUCCCCGUUCCCCGUUCCCCGUUCCCCGUUCCCCGUUCCCCGUUCCCCGUUCCCCGUUCCCCGUUCCCCGUUCCCCGUUCCCCGUUCCCCGUUCCCCGUUCCCCGUUCCCCGUUCCCCGUUCCCCGUUCCCCGUUCCCCGUUCCCCGUUCCCCGUUCCCCGUUCUCCAUUCCCCAUUCUCCAUUCUCCAUUCUCCAUUCUCCAUUCCCCAUUCCCCAUUCCUCGUUCUCCAUUCAUCGUUCUCCAUUCCCCAUUCCCCAUUCUCUAUUCCCCAUUCUCUAUUCCCCAUUCUCUAUUCCCCAUUCUCUAUUCCCCAUUCUCUAUUCCUCAUUCUCCAUUCCCCAUUCCCCACUCCCCACUCCCCGUUCUUUCAUUUCCCGUUCCUUGUUCUAAAGAUAGCCUUAUAAUUAAUGCUUCCCAAAUAACGAGUGAUCUUAGAUAAGAUCUUAAAGAUCUUUAAUAAUAAGUCACGCGAAGCCGAGUACGCUCAAACCAUAAAAUGAAUCAUAGGAAACAAUUAUAUUAUUUUAGCAAAAACUGAGGAAUAUUUUAGCGCCGAAUGUAAGUAAACAAGACGCAAGGGUGCUAGUCGACAUAGCCCUUCGUCAAUCGCUCUGACGGAGGGCUAACGCUCAAAACGUUAGCUUUAAAACUUUUUACGGUGGCAAAUUCACGUUAUCAACUCAGUUGAUAAAACUAAAUUACUAGCAACAAAGCAAGCCGACUGCGUUGAAUAACAAAAGCAAAAGCGUGCUUAAGACACGCGCUUUGACGCGCGCUUUUUUUUUUCCUGCGCAAAACGCAAAAAGCGUGAAAAGGUUUUGCGUGGGCGUUGGCCAUGUACCUCUUAGCUGUACUGUAUAUAUAUAUCGAAAGCUAACAUAAGUUUAAUAUAUUUCCAUAGAAUUUAAAAAAAGACAACGUGCAUUGCACAAUCUAGCUGUGACGCUUCACAGGGGUCUAAGGGUUCACAGGUGUCCGGGAGUUCACGGGGUGAAGUGACAGGCUGUAGUUCACAUCCUUGUCCAAAAACUUCUGUAUCCACUGUUGAUGAGCUUGAAAUUUGUGCUGCAUGUAAUUUGUACAAAAUAACAUGAAUAUGACCCUUUACUUAAGAGAAUUCGAUGUAAAACUCCUAUUCGUUUAUACAAGAUCUUUAUUGACAUAAGUAGACUUGCCAGAAUCUACAACCCCUGAAAUGCCGCUGAAAGACGGUUCUAUUUCGAAAAGCUCGAUAAUUUUGGCUGUGGUAGCCUUUGAAGAAUCUGGUUUCUUUUCACCCCCGGUCAUCUUUCUUGCAGUGGUACAUUUGCUGUGUUCUUUCUUUGUUCCAUGCCACUCACUAUUCCUCUCCACUUUUCUUUCACUUCCAUGGCAGAUCUUUCGGAAACUCCGAGCGCAUUGACUUUGUCAGUUAUUACCUCCCAUACUCGACUUUUAAGUUUGUUAGAAAGUGUCGUGGGAAUUUUACUCUUGAUUAUUUUGAUAUUUUCUUCCACCUCUUCGAAAACAACUGUUCAUUCGGCAGGUGUAAACUUUGGUUUUCUGGUGCGCUUUGCAGGGGAAGAAGCAAUAUUUUGUGCCGUGUUGUCUCGCAACUAGCACGAGCAAGCGAAAAGAUCACGUAACGCCUGGGUUAUCACCAUGGCAACUGCCUGGACAGUGAGUUAGCCGUCGGAUAAUUAUACGGCUCGCUAUCCGUGCUUUUCGCAACAGCUUUUUAUCCGCUGGAUAGUAAUCUUAUACACCGGAUAAACUUAUCCAGUGGAUAACUUUAUCCAUCCUUUGAACAACCGGAUGUUUGAUGUUUGCUCUGAUGUUAGUUUGUAGAGGUAGAACAGUUACAUUAAGAUCGGCACACGUGAAAGGUCCCUUCAAAUGAACUACCAUCCAAAUUUUUCAUCUGAUGGUCUAGUCGCAGGGCUCAAAAUAUAAUCCUUGCGACUUGUUCCGUGAAUUCGAAAUGGUUUGAAUUCGUGAGAGAAGUCGCAAGAACUUGUCUCCCCAAAUUAUCCUGGUCCCUGCGUGUGAAAGGUUCGUGGGACAACUCCUAGCUAUCCAAUCACUUCACAAGAGAAAUAUAAUAGUUUGUCUCCCAAUGUGGUCACUUCGGAUGUGGAUUGCGACGUUUGGACUGCAUACUGCCAGCUUCACCAGGCGAGGAAGACUGACAGUAUAUAGGCAGUCGAAAUGUCGCGAUACACAUCCGAGGUGACCACAUCGUGAGAGAAACGAUUUUAUAAUGUAAACUACGGUGUUAAACAAGGAUUUCCAGCCCGGAGAAAAGCCGUAACAACUCAUGUGAAAAAAUAGGAAAUCACAGCGGGGCGUCUACUUGAUAUCAGUUGACCGCCAAAAAUACAGGUUCCACACAUUAGCGGUAUUUUAGAAAACGAUACAAAACGCCACUUUAUGCCUUAAGUGACUACUAACUGUACAGAAUCUCGGUCAAAAAUGCUACUUUUUUUGGAGGAGAAAUAUGGAUUAAAAAUUACUUGAAAGAUUAUUCUUAGUUUUAUACAGGUUCGACUGUUUUUCAAGUUUUGCAAAAAAAACAAUUUGGAUCUAAGACAGUUACUUUUCAGAAAUUUCUCAGCUUGUAGUAUAAUGUUUGUAAUGGGUGGAUCGCGAUAUAAAACAAGUCGGAAUUUUGAGACAUCAAUAUCGCAUUACAUUGGCGGCUAGCUAGUUGGGAGAAAAUAAAUUGUCCCAUUGAGCUUCGUCGCUCUACAACUCUUCCCAAUACUACAAUAUAUUUCACCUCGACCAAUACAAUUUAAUAAUGGCGUCUCAAAAUCGCGAUUUUUAUUAGAUUGCAUCCUUCUUUUCGCGAUGAACUAAUAUUUUCUAUCAUAGGAGUAAAUAUUUUUAUUAUCCGCAGGUUUAAACGUUUAUGACGGGGUGACUCUAAACAGAACCAAAAUGAUCUUUACAGCGACACGUAAAGUUCGCAUUUUUUCGAUUUUUAUCCUUGGUUUGACCACCUUUGUCAUGUACGCCUCAUACCAAGUGAAGUUCGGACAGGAAAUUAGCCAGCCCACUCACAGCAACAGCACAACGGGUAAGUCAACGAGUUGGAAAUGAUUCACAGCAUUAGAUGCUUAUCGGAUCAAUUAUACCGUCAUAAUCUCAAUUAAGACGCAGGUUAAUAUUAGGGAAAAUAAAAGUAACUUAAGUUAUUUCGAACUAGGGAAAUAACAACGCUUCCAAAAGCUUAAGAGGCCUAUUUACUUCGUGUUGUCCCGUUCACCAGAAAUUACCCCUUUGUAAUGUAAUGCUAUCGCAGAUUCAAGAUUACAAACUGAAGAUCGUUUUGAAUUAGUUUUCAAAAUUAACUAGCGUACAAUGAUCACCCUGGAUGAUGAUGGGUAAUUAUCGUAGAGAACACGCCCUUGAUCAGUUUAUCUUGGCUUUUCCGGUGUAUCGGGUUUCAGAUCGCUCUGACUCUCUGUCAGUUUCGAGCUAGUCAACGCUUUCCCGCCCACACUACUGGUUUACUUUAUUGACCUCUAGCGGCGUUUUCGAAGGGUCAGUGCCUCCUUUCAGUUGGAGAAGCAUAACCAAUUCAACAGCAUAAGCAAAUUAAAGCGCAACUACCGGUAUUAUAAGUUUUCAACCGUAUGCAUGACAACAAGAUUUCAUCAUCAUCCAGAUUUCUCUGGCCAUUUGGAAGGUCUGUAAAGACGAACCCAAAUUAGAUCUUUAUGAGUCCUUUUUGAGUUCUGACCUCAAUGUUAAUUGAUUCUAAACCAACGAACUGUUUUGGCAUUUUUAACGCGCUUUGUUUAAAGGUCGGACCUUGCACGAAUUAUGAGGCCAAUUUGUUCUAUCUUGUCGAUUUGCCUUUAAUUCUUCAGCAUAAAACUGGCUAUCUGGAUAGCUGUCAUCGACUUUGGUCUCUUAGAGAAGUAGAAUAUCUAACAAAUUGUUUAGCAGCAUGUUCUUAACCUCGAAGAGCUUGAUUCCGCCGAUGCUGUUUGUUUCCUUGUGGAAAGAAAACCAACUCGAAAAUGCUGCCUAGGAAAAGAUAUCAUCUCUAAAACUUCGCUCAUCGUAAUUGGUCUCAUUUCAUGCGUCUCGAAAUUGGUUUUUUUUUUUGGUUUUUUUUUUUUACUUUUUUCUUCUUUUCUAAGCAAGGUAAUCAUUCUUGAAGUUCUUUUCACUGCAGAGAUCACCAAUCACUACAACAACGUAAAAAGCGUAACAAUUUACUAUUUCCAAAGUUCUACACUGAAUCAAUUUCCCUAGUUUUAAAUUAAAUAGUUCUGGUUAGGUCAGACUUAAUUGCGAAUACUUCAAAAUAAACUUCAACAUUUUGUUUAUCUUAGAUGAGAUCGUCUUUCGAAAGGUUGUUCCAACUCAAGAUACAGUCACAGAAGAACCCACAAAUAAUUCACUGCCAAAGCCUUUCGUUUAUCUCACUCAAACAGAACAAUGCUUUCCUUCAAACUUUGCCUCUUCUUCCGAGAUCGGCGACCCCGAGACAUGUAACUGUGAUGUCAUAGUGCUAAGCUUUCGUACCAAAUGUCAAGUGCAAAAGUCGCCUCACAUCACUUAUCUGUUCUAUCCCAAUAUUGGAUGGGGAACGGGACGAAAUGUGCUGUAUUUUGCUGCCAUAAUGAGAUCUCCAAAAUACCAUUAUUACAUUUUUAUGGAUGAUGAUGUGGUGCUGAAUUUCAAUUCAUUUGCUCCUCCGCAAAUGAAGAGGCUUCCGCCGUUUAGAGUCUUCGAACAAUGGCUCCUAGAUUACGAGCCUGUAGUUGGCGUUUUGGAUUACAAAGGGCAUCAUGGAGCCAUCUGGACCAAUGAGACACGAAAGAAAAUAUGUAAAAAGGCGGACAGUUCCCUUAUGAUACCAAUAAUCUGGUAUGAUGCUAUUUUAAAUGCAUUUCAUUACAAAUCUAUGGAGCAUCUCUUCCCUUACCGUACGGAGCAUGAAAGAAUAACCUGGUGGUCAUCGCAAAUCUACAUGUUUUCUGCUGUGGAACUGAUAUUUCGAGGUCAGGCAUUGAUUUUUGUGCCUGUUACUGCGGGAAAUUCAAAACAUCGCUCAUACCCAAGGUCUUUAAAGGACGAAAACAAAAGGUGGAGAGGUUACAUCGAUACGAUUCGACAGGAAGCUCCUUUAAUUUACAGAAAUCAGAUUUUAUUCGAUGAUUUUAGACAGAGACUGGAGGGUUACAUCAACAACUCGACAACAUAUUGCAAGAAUGUAACACGGCAUCAACACAUUAAACCAUACGCUCAUUUUGAUUUUCAGACAGAGGUGUAGUUGAUGAGGUUAGCAAAGAGAUCGGCCCAAUCAGGAGAUAAAAUGCUAAACAUAUUCAUAUUAUAAGCUGAUUUUUUUGUUUAUAAACUUGCUGAACUGUAAGAAAGUAUCAAUAAAGUGAUGCCCGUGAUGAGAAGUUCGACUGAACUGCUAUCACAUUGGGAAUCAAAUCACUUUUCACUUGUUGGUCGCCUUGACCGUGCUCUGUUGAGUUGUGAAGCAUUAAGCAAGCGUCUAGAACACUCAAAAAGUGGGGAGAAACACUCGACUACGUCUCUCUACACCUCUUUCGUGCUCUAACCGCUCCCUGAGUGCUUUACAACAAAACAGAGCACUGUCAAGGAUUAUCUAUUUGUUAAUUACCAUUUUUUUGAUGAGCACCCUGUCUGUUCAUAUUGUAUUAUGAGACCUUUCGCUUUUCAGAGCUUGUAAAAACUUCCAAAUUUUUUUGUAUUCCUUUAAAGGUUUGAGGAAAAAAGAAGUUUUUCUAUUAGGGUAUUUUAAAAACAGAGCGUUUCUCAAUCAAAAUCUGGAUAUUGUAACUAGGGUAAUCUCUCUGUCAUUGUAUUUUCUUCAAUAAUAACUCAAAGUAAGGUUUGUUUUUAUAGCACUCACCAGUCAAACCUUUUAUUUUGUUUUAGCCUUUCAUUUGCAUUUCUAUUAACUAAACUUUUCUUUUCUUAGGAAAGUUUUGUACAAGAUUUUCUUAAGGAAAAUGUUUAAGCACUUUACCACAUUAAACAGAGUACCUGAAAUACUCUUAUUUCGUGCUGUUAUCACUUUUAAUUGAAAUCAAUCUCUAUUUUACUUUGCUUGAAACCGUUAAUAAAAGAGUUACAGAUACAGCCACCAUUCAAAUUUUCACUUACAAACCAUUUUCGGAGUUAACUGAACAUAGGAGAGUGUUUGUUUUAGUUUUAUAACCAACUGCUUUUGUCGUUCAUGACAUUUUUACUCGGGCUACGCAGGGGGGCCUAGUCUAGGUUUCGGUCUCCUAUCUAUCUAAAUAUUUAUCGACGAUGUCGAGGGUAUGUAAGCUUGCGUUGCUUGACGGUCUGCGGUAUUCCUCUACAAGCAUGAAAGCGAGGCAACCG